AUGCUCGUUUCGCGCACUUGCAGGCUGCUAUCACACAAGAAUGCCUCACUGAUUUUCAAGCGCGCAGUAUCGUCGUCAUCGGCUCCCAUCGACCCGUCCCUCAUUCGGCAUGAACUCACAACACGCGUGUUACCGCUCAGCUACGAUUACCUCACGCCACAACAAUCUCAUCUCUUAGAUAUCUCGCUUCCGGAGCUUCUUCGGUCUAGACAACAUGGGGAGCAAUUGAAGAGCAAUGACAGGGACCGAAGAAAACUGCCUUCGGUAACGCAGCCUCUUCACAUGCCCUCAGGCCAUCAUCUCGUGUACUUUCCUCCGCAAGUUACGUUGUCCGAUCUACUACCAGACGGGACCGAUAUUCUACAUACUCCGGGAGAGCCAUUUAACCGCCGACUAUGGGCUGGUGGGAAGAUUACGUUUCCGCAGCUCGGUGGUGACGCUGGGAACCUGUUACUCAAUGGUCAGCGCGCAGUCUGCGUUGAGACCAUAGACAAUGUUGAUGUACAGGGGCACGAAGGCGACGAAAAGAUACUCGUCACAAUAGACCGACGAUUCACCCCGGUGCAUGAACAUGAGGAUGAAACACAAAUCAGGGCAAGAGUAGCAAGCAAUAGUACUGGAAUUCUCGUGGAAAAGAGAACAUUAUUCUUUAUGCGAGACCUUGAUCCAGAGCAGCAUAUUGACAGAGAUAGGAGAAGGGGUAGGUUUGUAAAAGCGCCCGCGAAUCCCGAUAUCAGCUUUAAGAUGACGCCUACCAAAGCUCUACUAUUUCGGUUCUCUGCCUUGACAUUCAACUCACACUUGAUUCAUCUUGAUCCCGUAUAUGCGCGCAAUACGGAAGGCCACCAUGAUAUUCUAGUUCACGGUCCGCUGACAGUGGUCUUGAUGCUUAGUUUUAUAUCGAGCCAUUUGUCAAAAUUAGGACUCCGUUUCAAAGAUUUUGAAUACAGGAAUCUAGCGCCAUUACAUGUUGGUGAGGAACUGCGAAUUUGUGCGAAAGCAAAGCAGCAGAACUCUUUAGCAAUGAGCCGUCAGUGGGGUGUAUGGAUUGAAGGGUCACAGGGUGGUCUUGCGGCGAGAGGGACUGCUUGGGCUGUUCCAAUAUAA